UCUUCAGUUCGCCAUUACAGAUAAGAUAACGCUAUAAACUGUAAAAAAUACAGAAAAACGGAGCAAAAAGUGAAGAAAAGAAGAAGGAAGACUUAGCUAUGGCGUCAUGGGGUUCAUCUUCUUGUCUCCAAAAUUACAGCUUAACCAAAAACCCAUUUUCCGAAACAGUGAAAUUUUCAGAAAGAACUUCAAUUUUAACAAUUGUUGCUCAGAAAAAAGCCAAGAAAGUUCGAAAGAUAAUACUGAAAGAGGAUAUUUCACAGUUGGGUAAAAAGGGAGACCUUUUGGAUGUUAAAGCUGGAUUCUUUAGGAAUUAUUUGCUACCAUUGGGCAAAGCUCAAAUUGUGACAGCUGCACUUAUCAAGGAAAUGAAGAUGGAAGACGAGAAAAUUGAGGCUGAAAAACAACGGGUGAAAGAUGAGGCACAACAGCUUGCUCGAAUUUUUGAAACUAUUGGAGCCUUCAAGGUGAAGCGUAAGGGUGGGAAAGGAAAGCAAAUAUUUGGAAGUGUCACUGCUCAGGAUCUCGUUGAUAUUAUAAAAGCACAGAUACAGAGGGACGUGGACAAGAAAAUUGUCAAUCUGCCUGAGAUUCGAGAAACCGGAGAAUAUGUUGCCGAAUUGAAGCUGCAUCCAGAAGUUACAGCUAGAGUAAGGUUGACAGUGUAUGCCAAUUGAGAUUAGGGGCUUUUUGGUGCAGUUGAUGCCAAGUCAGGAUUUUGCUGUAUCGGCUCGCUGGGCCAAGGUAGGGAGGACACGCUAAUAAACAAUGUAAUACAUCAGAUUCAGACUCCACAUAUGGACCCCAAGUUUGUAAAUGAAUUUUCUUCUUUUUGAGAUCAUUUGUCCUGACCUGUAACAUCAUUCUCAUCCUAACUAAGCCUUGUUAUUACAAAUCUUGUAGCCAUCUUUUCAAUUAUUUAUUUCCAUUAUAUUGAAAUGGUUAUAUUCAGUAA